AUGGCGAGCCUUUCUAAUCUGUCUGAUACCAUUGCGUCGACUCUAUCAAACCUGCCACCGCAGGACCAAAUUCAAGAUAGUGAGCGCAUGCGACUGUUAGGGUUCAUCGAACAGCUUCAAACAGCUCUGGAACCGCCCUUCCUUCCGCUACAGCGUUUUUGUUUCUCGCAUUAUGGUAUCGUUAUCAUCCGGAUCGCUCAGGGCAUGGGUGUAUUCAAUGCGUUCGUUGAAUCUCAGGGUGCGGAUUUGAGUCUAAAGGAGCUCUCCUCGAAAGUCAAAGGUGACGAGAAGCUGCUGAAGCGUGUCAUGCGUUUCCUCUGCUCCUACAAAGUAUUCACACAAGCUGCGAACGGGAUAUACAAGCCUUCGCCACUAGCAAUGAUGCUUGGGGGCUUGCCUGGAGACAUGGUCAAGCAUUGUCAUAACAUCAUGCAAAUAUCCGCAAAGCUUUUUGAUUACUUCGAGAAGAACGAUUACAAAAACCCGGAGGAUGCUUUCGAUGCACCUUUCCAAUUCGCGUUCAAAAUCAAACAGCAUUAUUUCGACUGGUUGCGAGAAAACCCUGCAGCCCAAAGUGCCUUCAAUUCAGUCAUGACGUUUAGCCAACAGCUUCGUGGAAGAAAUUGGUUUGAAAUCUAUCCCGUCGCGGAAAAGCUGAAUAGUUCCUCAGACCGUACGUUGCUUGUUGAUAUCGGAGGUGGCGUCGGACACGACGUCAUUGAAUUUAAGAAGCAAUUUUCGGACAUGCCUGGUGAUUUGGUCGUGCAAGACCUUCCACGGGUUAUUGAGUCGAUCGACGGAGCACUGCCGGAUGGCAUCACCGCUAUAGGCCACGAUAUGUUUGAGCCGCAGUCCAUCCGUGGUGCUAAAGCGUACUACUUGCGGACUGUCCUCCAUGACUGGCCGGACAAGCAAGCACUGGAAGCUCUCGCUCGCAUCCGCGAGGCCAUGGUGGAAGACUCCAUUUUGUUGAUUCACGAGCACACAACUCCUGACACACCCCGAGGUGCCAGUCGUUCCAGCAACGCUGGACAUCCAAAUGAUGGAAAUAUUUUCCUCCCUUGA